CUUAAAUUUCUGUGGAUGGUCGGUCCAGAUCUGUGCCUGCGGAUGAGAUCAUGCCUGUCUGGGGCAGGGACCCCAUCUUUGUGCGCGCGGACCACGCCCUGGCCCCGGCGUGCGGAGGGUGCACCAGGCUGAGGCUAGUUUAGCACUCAGCUGCUACAUCCGGGCGCUCUGCUGCUCGGUUUACAAGCCCUGCGAAGAUGGCGACUUCAGGGAGGAGUGCAUUAUUAUCCUCCACAUCAACUGGACCUAAAAGCACACUGGAUAACUCCAACCAAGAGGAAGAUGACGGACAGGACUUAUGGUCCACAAUCCUGAGUGAAGUGUCAACCCAUUCAAGAUCUAAGCUACCGUCGGGGAGAAAUGUCCUGGUCAUGGGUGAGGUGGGUUCAGGGAAGACCGCCUUGGUUGCUAAGAUGCAGGGGGUUGAAGAAUUCAUGAAAGGGCGUGGCCUGGAAUACCUCUACUUCAGUGUCCAUGACGACGACAUUGAUGACCAAACCAGGUGUAAUGCCUGGGUGCUAGACGGCGACCUUUACCACAAAGGUCUGCAGGGAGUAGCUGUGCCAGUGGACUCGAUCGACAACACGGUGCUGCUGAUAACUGUUGACAUGUCGCGGCCUUGGAACGCCCUGGACUCUCUCCAGAAGUGGGCCGCCGUUGCUAGGGAACACAUCGACAAACUCCGGGUCGCCCCGGAACUGCUGCGGGAGCUGGAGCAAAGACUUGUAAAACAGUUCCAGGAGUACACAGAGCCAGGCAGUGGGGACGAUGGCACCCCGCAGAGGAGGAGUGAAGACGAGGAGAGUGUGCUGCUGCCCUUAGGAGACAACACACUCACACACAACCUGGGAAUACCAGUGGUGGUGGUCUGCACCAAGUGUGAUGCCAUCAGCACAUUGGAGAAGGAGCACGACUACAGAGACGAACACCUGGACUUCAUCCAGUCUCACAUCCGGCAAUUCUGUCUGCAGUAUGGAGCGUCUCUGGUUUACACAUCAGUGAAGGAGAUGAAGAACCUGGACAUCGUGUACAAAUAUCUGGUCCACAGACUCUACGGCUUUCCCUUCCACUGCCCGGCACAAGUGGUGGAAAGAGAUGCAGUCUUCAUUCCAUCAGGCUGGGACAAUGAGAAGAAGAUUGCCAUACUUCAUGAGAACUUCCAGACAGUAAAAGCAGACGACAACUUUGAGGAAGUAAUAGUCAAACCGCCAGUCAGAAAGAUUGUACAUGAAAAGGAGAUUCAGGCUGAAGAUGACCAAGUGUUUCUGGUAAAACUGCAGUCGCUGCUCGCCAAACAGCCCGCUGUGACAGCAGGGCGACCAGUGGACACGACCAGUCGAGCUCCCACCGGCUCCCCCAGGACGAGUAAUCGAUCAGCAGCGGCCAACGUAGCGAACGCCAUGCCACAGUCGGGUCAGACCAGUGAGGGUGUGUUGGCCAACUUCUUCAACAGUCUACUGACAAAGAAAGCGGGGACGGGGGGGCCCGGGACGCCAGGGGGCGGUAACAACACUCCAGGAACAGUACGCAAGUCAGACAUGAACAUAACGCAUGGUUCGAAGCUGGGCCUGAGCGAUGUACAGGCAGAGCUGGACCGCAUAUCCAGCCGGGAGAAUGACUCUGACAUGCCCAAUGCCAACGACACCCCUGCCACCGACGGCCAGGACACAUGAAGGCCAACACACUAAACCCUGCGCCCCCCCACCCCCCACAACCACCAACCCCCUUUCCAUCUCAGUCACCUUCCUUGUCCUUCCUCCCUCUACUCCAUCCCAAAGAUGCAGGAAGAAAAGAGGGAUGUUGGCACACAGUUUUCCAUCCCCAUCAUCUUUCAAAUUCUCCUCAAGAAGAAGAACCCAUCCUCUCUUCCCUUACCCGUUCUCCCACACCUUGUUCCCCUCCCCCACCUCUCUCUCUUCUACUCCUGGCUGUUGCGCAGAGGGCGAGUAUUUGUCACUGUUACAUACAAGACUGUCUGUUACAUGAGAGUAAUUGGGUAAGGGGGCCAAUGUGGAUGCGGAGGUUGGGAUGAGAAGGAGUAAGUGGUUUUUGAAAAAGAUUGAUAAGAGGAAUGAAAGCGAGGGUGUUUUAUCCAUCCAUUUCUUGUGAUGGUGGUACAGUCGGUGUUUUUACUGUAGGAACUGCUGAGGGUGCAUGUUGAAGAAACAUCACUUAGAGUACUAUAGGAAUGAUUGUGUGUUUAAUGUAUUUGGGGCAAGUCAUGCUUGGCCAGAAGAAGAGAUUGAGAACUAUGAAAUGCCUGAAACAAAAUGACAAACAGUUGUUUUUUAAGAUGAAGGGACAAACAUACCAGUAUUUGUGUGCGAGUGUGUGUGUGUAUGUAUGUAUGUGAAAGAAUGACACAGAUGGAUAGACUUGAGGAAGUUACCUAAACCUAGACCUGUAUGUUGAGAGAUUUUGGGCUGUUUGCAUUUCAACCAAAAGGCAAAAACAUUACUAUGCUCUUACACUAAGCUCUUAAAACAGUGCAUACACUAUUAUUACAGAGGCGCUGUCUGAUAGACUACACAAACAUGACAAACAAUAAACUUCAUGAUAAAAGUUGAGACUCAAGCAUUAGUCCUGUGUAGGGUGCACCUAAUUGCACGGCACCCUGUUCUAACAUUGGCCAAGCUUCCCCUUGUGGUAGAUUCUGCCCAAACCUGUAGAUAACAGACAGUGCACUGAAAAGGGAGGGUGGUAGAGGUUAGGUGGGUGGGUAGCUAAGCUUUACCUGUACAGAAAAAAAGCACUAGUGAUUCAGUUUAUUAGUUACUUUGGGCGGGUUGGUGGGUGGGCAAGGGGGUUAGAACAAAGGAGGGUCACACCAAGAAUGUACAGUCAUUGUCUCGCUGAUUGGUCCUGUUAUUUCAGAGCUCUGUGUUGGCGUUUGUAUAAUCAGAUCUGUUAAUCAGUCAAAUAAAAGGUGUAUUUAUUCGGAUUCAUCCAAA